AUGGGGGCCAUGGGUGACCCAGGGGGAGGAGAAGGGGCCAGGUCUGCUCCAAACAGCAUCAGGGUGAUGGGAGAGAGGAGGAACCUCCCUGUGCAGAGAUGCCGACAACGGCCACCGAGUGCUGCUGUGGGGGUUCUGUCCCCGGGGCAGCACAGGAACCUUCUCCUGGGUGCCCGGCAGGUCCGGAUGCUGGAGGAGGAGCGGGCGCAGCAGAAAGUGUUAUUGGAGAGUGCCCAGCGGCAGCACCAGGAGCACCUGGAUGUCCAGGAGAGCAGCCACAGGUACCGGGCUCUGGCCUGUGCUCCCCUCCUCCGGCAGGUCCUUGCCCACAGCGCCAGGAGCUGGAAGCAAAGAAGGAGCAGCUGGGGAGAGACAGGCAGAGGCUGGACGAGGCCUGGCAGGAAAUGCGGCUGGAGAAGGAGAAGGUGAUCGGGGCCGUGCAACGUGUCCGGAAGCAGCAGGAGAUGAUCAGAAGCACAAAGGAGCUCUUGGCCCAGAAGCACGCAGAGGGGGAGCGAGCCCUGGGGGAGGCACGCAGGAUGCAGUCCGAGUUCUGGGACAAGCUGCAGGUCCUGCAGCAGCAGGAGGAGCAGCUGAAGCAGCAGGAGGAGCAACUGAGGCAGGAACAGGAGCAGCUGAAGCAGCAGGAGUAGUUGAAGCAGUAGCAGGAGCAGCUGAAGCAGCAUCAGGAGCAGCUGAAGCAGGAUCAGGAGCAGCUGAAGCAGGAAAAGGCCUCCCUGUCUUCCAUGUUCAGUGCCCAGAUGCAGCUGCUGAAGUUCCAGGCCCAGCAGGUGAG